GAACCUUUGUGUUAUUGACACAUACCUAGAUCAGAUAUAACAUUAUAUUGAAGUUUUGUUAUUAUGUAAUCGUAGAUGAAUACAUAGUAAUUAGAUACUAAAUGUAGAAAAAAAAAAUGUGCAAAAACUAAUUUCAUCGUGUAUUACUUUAUUGAAUCGCAAGGAUUGAUUACAUUCAGUUUGCUUUGAUUGACUAUAACGUGGAGGUGAUCUACCUAUUGACGAGUUUAAGAAAUCUCGGGAGGUUGAUUCCAGUAUCAUGAGUAUGGAAACUGCAAAACCGAAAAAGGUGGAUUCCAGUAUGGAAACUGCAAAACGUUCCGGAUAUCUUGAAUUGGAUGAAUAUUUCAUGGCCCUAUGCUUUGUUUCAGCGCAAAGAAGUGAGGAUCCAAAAACUCAGGUUGGAGCAUGUAUUGUAAAUCAGGACAAAAGAAUAGUCGGAAUGGGCUACAAUGGCAUGCCUGAUGGUCGUUCGGAUACAGAGUUUCCCUGGACUAAGGGUGACACCGCUGAGGAUGAUAAACAUCUUUAUGUUUGUCAUGCUGAGCUCAACGCCAUUACUAACAAAAUACAAGCGGAUAUACAAAAUUGUCGACUGUUUGUUAUCCUUUUCCCAUGUAACGAAUGCGCUAAAUUGAUAGUACAAUCUGGUAUUAAAGAGGUGGUUUAUUAUGAAUCUAAAACAGCAGAUUUAUCGAGAAAAGAUGAAAAAGCCACUUCUAAAAUGUUCGAGCAUGCUGGUAUAAAAGUACUGAAAUACGACCCAAAACGGAAAACAGAACUCAGAAUUGGUAAAGAAGAACCCAAAUUUCUGUAGAAAUUUCAGUAGAAAAUGCAAAUUAAGUUGUACUUUGGGGAAAAAUAUGAAUUAAUUGGGCAUUUGUAUAUUAAUUCUGAGAGUAAUAUUUCAAACAUUUACAUAUUUUACCAUAUCUUUAUUGGAAUUAUGUAAUAAAUGGUGUUUUAUUUAUUAACCAUACUACUUUUAAUCAAUGAUUUCAAUUGUUUAUUGUUUUGAAAAUUGUGAUACUUAAAUACUACAAUAAAUUUAUGUUUAAAACCUU